AUGCUCUGUCUAUCUAAUGUUGUUGAUAUCGAUCUGUCUCCCUCAAGUUUUUCAUAUCUAUUUAUCGAUCUAUCUAUCUUUCUCAAGUUGUUCAUAAAUAUCUAUCUAUCCUUCUCAAGUUGUUCAUAUCUAUCUAUCUAUCUAUCUAUAUAUCUAUCUAUCUAUCUAUCUAUCUAUCUAUCUAUCUAUCUAUCUCAAGUUGUUCAUAUCUAUAUCUAUCUAAAUUUGUCCACAUCUUUAUCUAUCUAUCUAUCUAUCUAUCUAUCUAUCUAUCUAUCUAUCUAUCUAUCUAAAGUUGUUCAUAUCUAUCUAUCUAUCUGUCUAAAAAUUGUUCAUAUCUAUCAAAAGUUGUUCAUAUUUAUCUAUCUAUCUAUCCAUCUACCGUAUCUAUCUCAAGUUGUUCAUAUCUAUCUAAAGUUGUUCAUAUCUAUAGUAUGUAUCGAUUUGUCUAUCUACCUCAGCUUGUUCAUAUCUAUCUAUCUAUCUAUCUAUCUAUCUAUCUAUCUAUCUAUCUGUCUUCUUUUGAUUGUCUCUUUAUCUACACCUCCAUUCAUGACAUUCUCAAUCUCAAGCCAACGCUCUCUCUCUCUUAGUCUGUUCAUAUCUAUCUAUCUAUCUAUCUAUCUAUCUAUCUAUCUAUCUAUCUGUUAUGGUCCAAGUUCCUUGUACCACGGUGAUGGUUCAAGUUUCCAUAACACUAUCUAUCUAUGCCCAUUAUCUAUCUAUCUAUGCCCAUUAUCUAUCUAUCUUUGUCCAUUAUCUAUCUAUAUUUCUAUCUAUCUUAGUCUGUUCAUUAUCUAUCUAUGUAUCUAUAUUAGUCUGUUCAAUAUCUAUCUAUCUAUCUAUCUAUCUAUCUAUCUAUCUAUCUAUCUAUCUUACUGUUCAUAUCUAUACAUUUUACUGUUCAUAUCUAUCUAUCUAACUCUUCAUAUCUAUCUAUGUAACUUACUGUUCAUAUCUAUCUUACUGUUUAUAUCUAUCUAUCUAUCUAUCUAUCUAUCUAUCUAG